AAAAUGUGAUCAUCUGAUGAUUCUGUAUUGAAAAAUUGAAAUCAAUACAGCAGACGAUAGAUAGUCCAUAGUCCUAAGGCAUAAAACGUAGAAUUUUCAAAAAUGUAAAAUUAUAAAAACAGUGCAACAUGAAUUAAGAGUAAAUACAAUACAAUGUUUUUUUACGAUUUAUGUUACGCAGUCGCAGAUCACAGUUAGCCGCGAACUAUAUUGAGGCUAAAUUAUGCUGCACAAAAAAUAUCCGCAUCAAUGUCGACAAUUAGAUGACUAUGUCAUUUCAGAAAAUGAAUAGUAUAAGUGCGCAAUAGCCAUAUUUUUCUCUAAGCUAGUUAAAUGUACAAAAGUGAUUUGUUUCUAUAAUUGUUAUGUUGUUGAAUAUAUUUUUUAUUGUUAAAAUUUUUAAGUAAACGAGAUAAAAUUAAAGAUGACUCUUCUCUGCAGAUUUAUUAGUACAAGGAUGAUCCUUAAUUUAAAAACUCAAAGUUUUAAUACAUUUGAACGGUUUUAUAUUCAUACCUAUAUUAUAAAAUCUACGCAACUAUCAAGAAGAAAGUUUAUAAAUCUAAAACAUCUAAAGAGAUUUUCAACCGAUCGUCUCAAAACGAAAGUUAUAGAGUCUACUAAACAGAUCAAUAGCAUUCAACGGGUGAAAAACAAUGAGUUUCGUAGACUGUUUCUUUUGGCAGCACCGGAAAAGUGGCGACUCCUUGGUGCCGUAACAUUUUUAAUCUUAUCAUCCACGGUAACCAUGUUGGUACCAUUUUGCCUUGGUAAAAUCAUUGAUAUAAUUUAUACAAACGACCAGCAAAAAACAAGAGACAAUCUAAACAAUGUAUCACUUAUUCUCCUUGGGAUAUUUAUAUUUGGUGGAUUAUGUAAUUUUGCACGUGUCUAUUUAAUGUCAACAGCAGGACACAAAAUCACACAAACAUUAAGAAAAAAAGUAUAUACGGCUAUUUUGAGCCAGGAAACAGCAAUGUUCGAUAAAGUUAGUACCGGCGAACUUGUGGGAAGAUUGUCAGGUGAUGCCCAGUUGGUCAGCUCUGCUAUUACGAGUAACAUAUCGGAUGGACUAAGAUCAGCAAUUAUGACAACAACUGGAAUCUCAAUGAUGUUUUAUGUCUCUUCACAAUUGGCUUUAGUUAGUUUACUAAUUGUCCCCCCAGUUACAUUAAUGGGAAUUAUUUAUGGUAGGUUUGUUAAAAAUAUUUCAAAAGAUGUACAAAAUAGUUUAGCUGCAUUAAAUACAACGGCUGAAGAAAAAAUCAGUAAUAUAAGAACUGUUAAGGCUUUUGCAAAAGAAUUAAACGAAAUUGAAUUAUACGGUACAAAAUUAAGAAACUUAUUAGAAUUAUGUUAUAAAGAAAGUUUUUAUAGAGGAAUAUUUUUUGGUAUGACUGGAUUAUCUGGGAAUGCAAUAGUUCUAUCAGUUAUUUAUUAUGGAAACACUAUGCUCUCUAAUUCUGCAAUAACCUUUGGCAAUCUUAGUGCUUUUCUACUGUAUGCCGCCUAUGUAGGAAUUUCUAUGGGUGGUCUAACAAGUUUUUACUCUGAAUUAUAUAAAGCGCUGGGAGCAAGUACAAGAUUAUUUGAAUUAAUUGACCGUCAACCUGGUAUACCCAUAUAUGGUGGACAAAUUUUAAAUGAAAAACUAUCUGGUGAAAUUACUUUUAGGAAUAUUAAUUUUACAUAUCCGACAAGAACCGAUUCAUUAAUAUUGAAGGAAUUUAAUUUGCAUAUUCCAAAGAAUUCAGUUACAGCUGUAGUUGGUCCAUCAGGAUCUGGAAAGUCUACGUUAGCGGCCUUAUUACUUAGAUUAUAUGAUCCUAGUACUGGUUGUAUUUUAUUAGAUGGUUAUGAUUUAAAAGAAUUGGACUCUUGCUGGGUAAAGUCACAAAUUGGCUUUGUCUCCCAAGAGCCCAUACUUUUUAAUGGAACAAUAAAGGAGAAUAUAACUUAUGGAAAUGAAAAUGCAUCUGAUGAAGAUAUAAUACAAGCAGCUAAGCAAGCAAACAUAUUAGAAUUUGUAAGAAAAAUGGCUGAUGGACUUGAAACAUAUGUAGGGGAACGAGGAAUCACUUUAAGUGGAGGACAACGUCAAAGAGUCGCUAUUGCAAGAGCUCUCAUUAAGAAUCCGACUAUUCUAAUAUUGGACGAGGCGACGAGUGCCUUGGACGCGGAGUCGGAGAAACUCGUGCAGGAAGCCCUGGAGCAAGCCAGAAAGGGCCGCACCGUUUUAACGAUCGCUCAUAGAUUGAGCACCAUCCGGAACGCGGAUAUCAUCGCGGCCCUGGAGGCCGGUCGUGUCCGUGAGAGCGGCGCCUACGACGAGCUCAUGGCCUUGCCCAACGGACUCUUCAAGAAACUCGUCAAGCACCAGACGUUCGCCUGAGCAUUACGCGUCCAAUGCAUCAUCGUACGAAGAUGCACGAGGCUGCGCACUCGUGCUAGAGACUCGCCUCUUGUUUUUAAUUCCAACAUCGUUAGCGAACAGAGACACGCCCCCGGCUCGUUAAGGAAAUAGGAAAGAAUAACCCGUAUAAUGUAUGCAGCGGCGAUGGCGACGGCGACGGUGACG